ACUAAGUUUUUCGAAUCUAAAACAGAAACAAGUUCAAGAUGAAAGCUAUUUUCUUUGUUCUUUUGAUCGCAGUUGUCUUCAUUGCAAUGGAAGCAUCUGCAAAACAUCUCGUUGGAGAUGAAUCAAUGGAUCUUGUCUCGAAUCAUGGAAUGAUUGAAAAACGUGAAGCUUGCCGAGGUCGUCGGGGAGGAAGAGGUAGAAAUGAUAGUGAUGACGAAGAUGAAGAUGAUGACGAUGAUGACGAUGAUGAUGACGAUGAUGAUGAUGAUGAUGACGAUGACGAUGAUUCUAGCGAUUCAUCAAGUUAAUUUGCUCACUUGUUUA